CUGUUUGGGAAAUUUCGGUUUUCUUGCCGCCUUUCUCAUGAUUUUGCGUCAUUGCUUGUUAUUGCAAUAGUUAACAAAUUCGAAGGCAUCUUAUCCAAUUGCCAUUUGUGAAACAUGAAUAAAAGGUUUGAUAGUUAUGUCCUUUCCGCACUCGUUUGUAUAGUUGCUGUGUAUGCUGGAAACCUGUUGAUAAUCUCUAAUCACAUUAAUGAAAUCCAACCUACCCCAUACCUUGAUGAGAUCUAUCAUGUUCCACAAGCACAAGAAUAUUGCAAUGGAAAUUUUACAUAUUGGGAUAACAGGAUCACCACUCUACCUGGAUUGUAUUUAAUCUCUGUGGGUGUCAUAACACCACUAUCCAAAUGGUUCGGUGAGAACUUCUGUGAAACUCACCACCUACGACUCACCAAUGCUGCACUCAGUUUAAGUAGUUUCCUUGUAUAUGUUUGGUUAACGAAAAACAUUCAUCAAAGUUCCAGAGAGUGUGGCACUUGGAAGAGUAUAGCAUCUGCACUAAAUCUUGCUAUCUUCCCACCACUCUUCUUUUUUUCAUUCCUGUACUACACUGAUGUGGCUGCAGCCUUCCUUGUCUUUUUAAUGUAUGGCCUCCAUAUGCGGGGAAAUAACAUAUUUGCGGCUAUUGCGGGAGUUGCAGCCGUGACGGUUAGGCAAACAUCUAUUGUCUGGGUAAUCUUAGUUGCAGUUGGGUGCUUUGAUCUAGGUUUACAGCACCUCCUACUGAAAGCUAAAGAACGUAAACGUCAUACCCUAUCAAGUUGGCAUCAGGUCCAAGUGAUAUUGAAAAACUUCUUCCAUUUGGCCCCUGCCUCUAGGAAAUUUCAAAUUAUUAGCCAGCUCAUUAGAAAACUGUUUCCGUACAUUAUAGUGGGACUUAUUUUUGUCGCCUUCGUGGUAAUCAAUGACGGUCUGGUUGUCGGUGAUCGUGCUGCUCAUCAGGCCACGAUUCAUGUUCCACAACUUUUCUAUUUGUUUGGCCUAGUCACAGUAUUUGCCGCACCACAUUGGAUUCCCUUUUUGCUUCCAUUUUGCAAAACCUGCCUUAAAAAAUGGUUUUUAAUUUUAAUUACCAUGGGACUAGUUGGACUAGUUAUCCGAUAUAACACUCUGGUACAUCCAUACCUAUUGGCUGAUAAUCGUCAUUAUACAUUCUAUAUCUGGAAAAGAGUAUUUGAAUAUCAGCCUUGGGGACGGUAUGUCGUUAUUCCACUGUACCUCUUUGGUGCAUUUGCAACCUUCCGGACUAUGUCAACAGCAAAAAGUUUUAUCUUUGCUUUUGCUUUUGUUAUUUGUUGUUUUGUCGCCCUAGUACCGCAACGACUACUAGAAAUACGCUAUUUCUUGAUUCCAUUCUUGUUUGUACGACUGCAUAUUCCACCUCGUUCAUGGAUAUCCCUGUUCGUCGAAUUUGCUAUUUACUUUGCUGUGAAUGCUGCCACCAUCUAUCUUUUUAUCACUCGUCCAUUCUUUUGGGCUGAUUCACCUUUGCCCCAACGUUUUAUGUGGUGAAGAUUGCCUGAAUACACACGUUUCCUAUGAA